UCCCUCUCCCUUUGUCUCCUUCCUUCCCCUACCUUUAUUCCCAAGCUUUUCACUUCUUCUCAAGCAACAAAGAAAACAACGCAAACAAUUGCAAGUUGCCCAGACAUCUCCUGCUCUCUUGUUAUAAAACCAAGGGGACCAGGGGCACAGGACAAAAGCCCCUUAUUUCCUCAAAGCUACUUACCCACAAACCUAAACCAAAACAGCUUGAUUCUUUCCUUUCUUUUCUUGUUGGCCUUCUUCUUGCUUGUGCUUCUUGAACCCUUCUGCUCCUUGCUUAAGUCUCUCUGUGUUCUAUAGACUUGAGAGAUCAGAAUAGGGGGCGAAGGAAGGAAAGCAAAGCAUAGAUUGGAUUUGCUUCUUGAGAAGUCAUGUUUCAUGGUGGCAGGCCUUUGUCCCUCCGGGGGUCUCUCAAGGCCCUUGAAGCUGAUAUCCACCAUGCCAACACCCUGGCGCAUGCUAUACACAAGGCUUAUGGGGGUGCCUGUGUGCAGAUGAGGCUGUCCUACAGCUCCAUGGCUCCAAUCAUCCUAAACCUUAUCCAGUGGAUGGAUUGCAGCUGCUCCCUGUCAUACACCCUCCCAAGUUACCUUGGCCUUCUUGAAGUUCUUGUAUACGAGGUUUAUGUUGAUGAAGACGCCUCUAUAUCCACAAUCGAAAGGAGAGCAAGCCUGAAGGAAUUCUAUGCUAUCAUAUACCCAUUCUUACAACAACUUGAGGGCAACCUGAUGGAGGACUGCAAGGAGAAAGGGCGGUGUAAGGAGUCUGGCGGCGGCGGCGGCCGGAAGCUUGUUGCCGAUGAUGAUAGGGAGGAUGAGUGCGGCAUUUGCUUGGAGACCUGCACCAAGAUGGUCCUUCCCAAUUGCAACCAUGCCAUGUGCAUCAACUGUUACCGAGACUGGUAUACAAGAUCCCAGUCAUGCCCGUUCUGCCGCGGAAGCCUAAAGCGAGUCCGGUCCAGAGACCUCUGGGUGCUCACCGGCGACGACGACGUGAUCGACACGGUCACCUUGGAGAAGGAAAAUGUGGGGCACUUCCUCAGCUUCAUCGAUAGCUUGCCUCUGAUCGUCCCCGACAACAUGUUGUUGGUCUACUACGACUACCUAGUCUGACAAAGCUCCCUCUGAAACUGAACGAGGAGAGAUCUGGGAAGCGCGGUGUACAAGGGUUCCGGCAGCCGACCAUCCUCUGCGGAUCGAGUCUGGCAAGCGAAGCCAUUGUUGCGAAAUAAUAUUAUUUCAUUACACUGGCUUUGCACAAUCGCAUUGUUUGUUGUAAUAAUUGUAAAGAAGAAAAAUGUCUCGACUUUUACUAGCUUGACAUUUCUGUGGCAAAUUGCCAGAUUAUUCAGGAUGAAGAGACCAAGGGCUGGGCACUUUUGCUUAGCCAAUUGUCAA